ACGUAAUCCAAAAACGUGGCUGGUUCACAGCCUUCCGCGAUGUCAGAACAUAAACAAAAGCAGUGAUCAAGUCUCGUGACGUCCGCUCCGAGAAAUGCGGUUACUCGAAACUAGCACACUCAAAGUCAUUGAUUCCUUUAGUAUUGGCGAAUCCGUGGCAUAUCAAUAUGCGAUUCUAUCUCACACCUGGGAUGGAGAUGAGUUGACUCUACAAGAGAUGGAAGGUCCUCAUAAGAAAAUCAAGGAGAAGAGAGGUUAUCUCAAGGUUGCAGGCGCGUGUGCCCUUGCGUUAGAGAAUGGAUUUAAGUACAUCUGGAUCGAUACUUGCUGCAUCGACAAGACCAACAGCGUGGAACUCUCCGAGGCCAUCAACUCGAUGUGGCAGUGGUACAAGGAGUCAGCGGUUUGUUAUGUCUACCUGGUAGACAUACCGGAUCACCUCAGUGCUCGAAAUCUUGACCGUCGUGGGGAUAUGAAGUUCCAGACGAGCAGAUGGUUCACUCGGGGAUGGACGCUGCAGGAACUUCUAGCGCCACGCUUCGUUGAGUUCUACGCCAGUGACUGGAGCGAGAUUGGCACCAAAUAUAGUCUUGCGACUAGGCUGCAUAAGAUAACACGAAUUAGUAAAGAUGCUCUAGAUGGGAAAGAGCUCUCCUCGUUUUCUGUCGCAGAGAGGAUGUCCUGGGCCGCUAGAAGAAAAACAACCCGGCCAGAGGAUAUGGCGUAUUGUCUGCUUGGAAUAUUCGAGGUCAAUCUUCCACUUAUCUACGGCGAAGGGCGUGGUUCCUUCUAUCGUCUCCAAGAAGAGAUCAUGAAACGAUAUGAGGACUACACAAUACUACUGCCUGGUUUCUGUGAUGGGUCGCACAUACCCACGCUGGACGAGGAAUUGUUAGAAGAAACGAUGGAUUUAGAUAUGGCUUCUCAACCGCGUGAAACCACCGAGGGUUUCAAAAUCCUGGAAUACUCUAGUGGGCCGUGGAACACACAUACAGGCCCGCGAAAGCCACUCAUCGCCUCAGAUAUCCAUUCGUUCAGAACGCCGAUUCCGUGGUUCAACCAGCCUAGACCAGGAGCGACGUAUUCAGGCAUAUAUACUGACAACGAUCGAGGUCCUUGGCGGAAUCAGACGUCGCCUAGAUUCACUGCUCGAGGACUACAUAUCAGCACAGGAUUGCAAAAGUGCUCCGGGACGCCGUCUUUUUAUCUACUUUAUUGUAGAUGCAAGAUGAACGACAAUCUGAUCUGCUUGUUUCUUAAACGUGAUGAGAGGAAAGACCUCAUUCUUCGCCACAUUGAACAUGACAGUCGUUUUGUCCUCGUACCAUCAAAAUAUAGAAAUCGUUUUCAGUACAACGACGUCUACCUCGAUACCACAUUUCGGGACGAUACGAAUGCAUUAAGCCGCUCAACAAUAGGUGGUUACGGAGCUAUGCUGACGAUAGAUCUCAGCAAGGUAACACAACGAGGCCUUACCGUCGCGACAAGCCACGCAGUCUACGUCGGCACAAGCUUCGGGCUGCAGGCACGCUGGACACCCUGGAAAACCUGGCGCUAUUCUGUCCCACGGCUGGUAAUCAAUUAUCAGGAAAACAGCAUUGGCCCAACAUUGGUGUGGUGUUCGAUUCCAAAAGUUCGGUCUGAUGUAAUUGUGUUAUUUGAGCAGCGAAGUUGUGAAAUAUUUCAAGGCACCCUUAACGGGAGUUCCUCUCCGCUUGCUGAGCUGUCAGAUGCAUCGAAAUUCCCGUUACCGGAAAACUUGCUGCAAUUUUUUGGCAUAUCGAAUUUCGGUCUUGGCGAGUCGAUAUGUGAUAGAGCCAGCACACUGAUUAAGGACCUGUUGGUGACAGCGGCCAUCAAGCGACGCGGACCUGGGGCCGGCCUUUUGGUCAGCUUCGAAACAGUGGUUGGCAGACAAGACGCGAUGUUUUGAAUAUGGUGACCUAGACAUAUCUUUCUAGAAGAAGCACAGCACAUGGCACUCCGCAAUACUUGGCUACCAGAUCCUAGAAAGAAAAGCAAAAAGGCGACGUUCGGCGCUAGAGUGCGGUUCGGUGCGUCGGCGGCUUGGCAAGCACAUGAUGUACUAUGUAACCCAGAUAAAAGUGUGGAACCGGAAUUUCCGGUUCCUUGUUCGAAUUGUCCUUUCAAUCCCAUCUCUCACGAGAGCGAACCAUUAUCUCACAGCGUGGUACGAUUCGUGUUUGCCACUGCUCACGGAAGGAUGUUAGAAACUAAUGCGGAAGGUGGUGGUGCUUCUGAUGUACGAUUUGGGGGAACCUCUCGAGCAGCCAAGCUGGACCACCGCACACUUAAGUACCAACGUUAGACUAGACUACUACUAAUGAA